AACUUUACUAGAGCAGCCAGCCCGAGCCCCUAAGCAUCGCGGCGGGUUUCCAGUUUCCUAGACGCAGGGAUCCCACACCCCACUUCCCCGGUCCCCGGCCUCCUGCACCCCGACGCCCCGCCUCGCCCUCCCCGCCCCACCCCAGGGGGGUUGGUGGGCGUGUAUUUGAAUCCGGGCUAAUCGGCGGCCGGCGGGCGGGGCGGCCUGCCAGCGCCCCUGAGAGCCCAGCGGCGGGAGGAGCCCCUCUGCCCUGGGAGCCGGACGGGCCGCGCCUCCCCGCCGGUGACCGGUCCGGUGCGCUGGCCCAUGCUGGUCCCCGCCUUUGUUCUCGGGCCGGAGCGGAGACAUGCGCGGCUGACGAUGGAAGUAGAGGACUCGGGCGGCGUGGUGCUGACCGCCUACCACUCGUACGCGCGCCCCCAGCCGCCCAGCUCAGAGCCGCGCUGCGCGCCCCGGGCCGCCGCCAGCCACCCAGGCAGCAGAAAAUCCAUUUCUCGCUGCCGAAGAAUUAGCAGGAUGCUCUCCAAUGAAUCCUUACAAUCCCCGGCAUUCAGCCGCUCCAACUCUCAAGCCUCCAUAGACAGCGCCUCCAUGGAGGAUUUCUGGCGGGAAAUAGAAAGUAUCAAAGAGAACAGCCUGGGAGUUCAGGAAGAGCAGACGCCAGCUGAGGCCAAGCCCCUGGAUGAAGGAGAACUUGAAGCAGAGUGGUUGCAAGAUGUAGGUUUAUCAACCCUGAUCUCGGGUGAUGAAGAGGAGGAUGGCAAAGCCUUGCUCUCUACUUUGACUCGAACCCAAGCAGCUGCAGUGAAGAAGAGAUACAAUACUUACACUCAAACCAUGAGAAAAAAGAACAAGCAAUCUGUCAGGGAUGUCAGAGACAUCUUUGGAGUCAGUGAAUCUCCUCCAGAUGAUUUUUGUUGUAUCCCAGCUCCUCUUUUGGAUGUGAACCCAGAUGAAGAAGGGAUGCCAGCAGUUCCCUGCAGAAAUGGUCAACUGCCAGGCGAUACCUGUGACAACCAUCCUAGUCAGUUGGGCGGCACCCAGGAGGAAAAAGAGCUGCCGGGAGUUAUCAAAACAAGUGGUUCCUUGCCAGAUGAUGCUUCUUUCAACAUUACUACCCUGUCAGAUGGGUCCCAAGAUGAAGAAGGGAGUUUUGCCGUUCCCAGGAGUGGCUCCAUGUCUGUCCUGGAGACUAUUCCAGAUGUGCCAGCUCAUUCCAAUGGCUCAGCAGACCCUGGACAGUCAGUGCAGAAUGCAGUGAGUGAUGAUGAAUAUCUGGAAAAGGACAUUCCACUACAAGCUGAAGAGCUGUCCUUUGAAGUAUCUUAUUCAGAAAUGGUUACAGAGGCUCCAAAAAGAAAUAAAUUUAAGAAGUCAGAUUUUAAGAAAGAAGACUAUGUUUUACCUAAAUUCAUUGUUCAGAAAACCAGAUUGGGCCUAACUGAAGCAGGAGAUCUGUCUGCUGAAGACAUGAAGAAAAUCCGCCAUCUCUCUCUGAUUGAAUUGACGGCCUUUUUUGAUGCCUUUCGUAUUCAACUGAAAAGAAACAAAACGGAGAAAGUAAAAGGACGAGACAGUGGGAUUUUUGGAGUUCCUCUUACAGUCCUGCUGGAAAAUGACCGAAGGAAAGAUGCUGGAGUGAAAGUUCCCCUUGUGUUACAAAAAUUCUUUCAGAAAGUUGAAGAAUCGGGUCUGGAAUCUGAAGGGAUUUUUCGACUUUCAGGAUGUACUGCCAAAGUCAAGCAAUACCGUGAAGAACUGGAUGCCAAGUUUAAUGCUGAUAAGUUUAAAUGGGAGAAAAUGUGCCACAGAGAAGCUGCAGUAAUGUUGAAAGCAUUUUUCAGAGAACUACCCACCUCUCUCUUCCCUGUGGAAUAUAUACCUGCUUUCAUCACUCUAAUGGAAGGAGGGCCUCACAUCAAAGUACAGUUUCAAGCCUUACACCUCAUGAUCAUGGCACUGCCUGAGGCCAACAGGGACACAGCCCAGGCCCUCAUGACAUUCUUCAAUAAAGUCAUUGCCAACGAAUCAAAAAACCGAAUGAGUAUAUGGAACAUUUCUACUAUAAUGGCACCAAAUCUUUUCUUCAGUAGAAGCAAACAUUCUGACUGUGAAGAAUUACUCUUAGCAAAUACCGCUGCCCACAUCAUCCGCUUGAUGCUAAAGUACCAGCAGAUGUUGUGGAAGGUUCCAUCUUUCUUAAUCGCUCAAGUCAGAAGAAUGAAUGAAGCCACCAUGUUGUUAAAGAAACAGCUCCCAAGUGUCAAAAAGCUGCUAAGGAGGAAGACCAUAGAACGAGGGGUUACAAGCCCCAAAACUUCAAAGGUACUACAAAAAUCACCCUCUACAAGAAGAAUGUCUGACGUGCCGGAGGGAGUCAUAAGGAUCCACGCGCCCCUUCUCUCCAAGGUGUCCAUGGCCAUUCAACUCAACAGUCAAACCAAAGCCAAAGACAUAUUGGCGAAAUUUCAAUAUGAGAACAGUCAUGGUUCAUCGGAAGGCGUUAAGAUUCAGAACCAAAGGUUGUAUGAAAUUGGAGGUAAUAUAGGACAGCACUGCUUGGAUCCAGAGGCUUAUAUAUUGGAUGUAUAUCAUGUAAAUCCCCAGGCAGAAUGGGUGAUUAAACCCCAACCAAGUGUUUGAAAUACCCCCCAAGAUGGCAGCUAUCAUGUAUUACAUGCCAAGAAGUCCUACAUUUGGUAGGGAAAAAACAAGACUGCUUUUGACAUGUUUGUUCCUAGAACCCUCUUGGUGUUUCUCAGCCCAACUGGUGUCUCCCACUGGUGUCAGCACGAAUUGUGGAAGAGGAGCUGGUUGACCAUUUGAGCUGAAGCUUUCUCAUGAUGGUUCUUUGAUAAGAGUGAAGGAAAGAGGAUGUGAUCCUUCCAGAAGAAAGGCCAAUAUAGAAUAUGGAACUCUAAUCAUUUCUAACACUUUGACUUCACAGCAGAAAUGAACUUGGUCCUCUACCUGGGGAUAAGAAGCACUUCUUGAUGUAGCAAAUGCUACCAAACACAAGAGGUGGAAAAGACUUUUUUUUUUAUACUUAUGUUAUAUAUAUAUAGACCUUUUUGAACAAGGAUGCCAGAAAUAACAAAAAUUUCUGCUCUGAAAAAUAAUUUAGAUCUACUUUCCAAAGAGAAUCAGUUUCCAGAGUCACACAAACAAUGUUUAUGCUCUGACUUGCUCCUGAAUUGGAGGAGGAGAACCUUCUAUUUAAAAACCACUGUGUUGUUAUGUAUGCUGUACUGUAUUGUGGCUGUCUGCAUUCUGGUGCAGAUGAACAUUUCCCUAUCAUGGGCUAUUGAAAACUGAUAUUUUUAAAGCUUGUUCUCUUAUGAGCACAGGUCCCCAUAGUUAAGGUUAGGUUGACAAAGGCUGUUCUUGUGCUUCCAUAACCUUCGGUGUAGUCAGUGGUCACAGGGCCCCUAUUUCCUCAUCAUGAUUAUGGUGCUCAGUGAAUAGCUUUCCAUGUGCCAGGCACAGAUUUCCUUUCCUCAUCAAACAUAUCAUUUUUUAUAUUUCACAGCUGUAGAGAAUCACUUCUGCAGCCCCAGUUUUAAACUGCAGAACUGCCUUUGUCCAACUGCUCUUUCUUCAAGAGUGCUGAAAAAUACUGUUAUAUCCAGAUUUUAUAUGCUGUAAAAACAGGUUUUGUUUCUGUUCAUCAAUCAUAGACUUGGCCAAGCACUGUGGAUUAGCAUCAGGCUUUAAAAUCAGAUGAAUGUUUGGUGAGCUGAAAACUGCCUCCCUAUCAAGAUCCCGCGGAGCCAUUUUCCAGACCUGCAGUUGGUGAGAAAGCACAAUUCAUGAUUCUAAUUGAGAGCAAAUCUGAAAUUUGCUGGGGGUUCCAACAGCCCUGCCUUUCAUUUGGAGACUGCAGUAUAGUCGUUCUAGGGUUGGUUAGAAAUGGGGACAGAGGUCUCAUUUAUCCCAUGUGUGUGCUUUGGAUUAGAAUCUACUAAUUAGAUUGAGAUUUUGAUGAAUUUACACCAGUUUUAAUGAGAUUUAACUCCCAAAUGACUCUCUCUUGCAAGUCAAACAAUAGACAAAGUUGCUCACCAAUGCAGAAUACAUUUAAUCUACUUACCAAGUCUCAAAACAAAAUGUGAUAAUAAUUUAAGCCUAUAUUAUAGAAGAAAUCUUUUACAUGCUCAUUAUGCCUUGAUAUCUAUAAAAACAUAAUUUAUAUUCAACAUGUAGAUAAUUGCAUUUCUGGCCAUUAGAAUUUUGUUAUAUUUUUAUAGAAAACUCAAAUAUCCAUUCAUUUUAUUUGCUUAUUUGAGAAUUUUUUAUUUCCUUUGCCUGAAAACCCAUUAGAAGACAAACGUGUGUUCUGUUGGUUUAUAUUUAUUCCUACAUUUCAUCAGUUUUCAAUGUAUGGCUAAUUGACAGCAUGUGAGUUUACAUAAUGAACUUUGAGGGUCUGAGAAAAUGCCGUUAUCAUUUUUGCACAAUUCAAACAACAGGAGUAAACAUUUUACUUCAUGUAGUUGCAGAGGUCCAAGACAUAAGAUGGCUGUAAUUUAUGCCCACAUACAUGGAAGAUAUUCUUCAAAUUAGCUGCCUUACACUUCUGUGUAUGUAUUAAAACAAUGACUGAUUUUUCUCUCUGAAUUUCCUAUCAUUUGGAAUAUAUUCUGUUAUGUUUAGAAAAUUCACAGAUCUCUCCAUUUAAUUUUUUAUUUGGGAAUUUUUAUUUCUUUUGAUUGAAAACACAUUAGGACAGAUGCAUAAGUUCUAAAGGUUUUAAGAUUUACUUCAUUAGUCAUUAGUUUUAAAUAAAUGGCUAACAGAUGACAGAUUAAAAAAAAUUGUUGGGGCUUCCCUGGUGGCGCAGUGGUUGAGAAUCUGCCUGCUAAUGCAGGGAACACGGGUUCGAGCCCUGGUCUGGGAAGAUCCCACAUGCCGCGGAGCAACUAGCCCGUGAGCCACAAUUACUGAGCCUGCGCGUCUGGAGCCUGUGCUCCGCAACGAGAGGCCACGAUAGUGAGAGGCCAGCGCACCGCGAUGAAGGGUGGCACCCCACUUGCCACAACUGGAGAAAGCCCUCGCACAGAAAUGAAGACCCAACACAGCCAUAAAUAAAUAAAAAAUUUAAAAAAAAAAAAAAAAUUGUUUCUGAAUUUCUUAUCCACUUCUGUGUGGUUUUAGAUGUCAAAGGCUUAGCCCAGUCAAUAACUUUAAAUUAAUCACUUCAGUGCAUCCAAGGAUAUGUGACAACUUUCAAAUAACUAUAUGAUAUGGAAGCCCAUGUCAAUACCAAUAUCAUUGGAUAUAACCUGAAUUCUUAGUCAUCAAGUUAACAAACUGAUUAGAGAAGAAUUUCCCGUAGACACACAAACUAAUUUUUGUGUGGUUAAAGAAGUUCUUUUUACUAAUUUUUACUUUUCUUUUUUUUACUAAUCUUAUUCUUAAUGAAUAAUUUUAUUCUUAAUGAAUAAACAAACCCCUACGAUUAAAACUCAAAAUUGCUGGUCACCUAAGUGUUGAAAAAACUGUCUUUGCCUUAUGAAGAGUUGUUUUUUAAAAUAGUUACAGUAAUCUGUAAAAGUGAAUAGUGUAAAAGCAAACAUGAAUAGUAUAUCUGCAAACAAAAGAAGAGUCAGAUACUGGGCUUCUAAAUUCUUUUCUUGAUAGCUUCCCACCUCAUCUCUUCCCAAGCGCUCUUGGUGUACAGUUAGGAAAAUUAUACCUACGAAAACAUUAGAGAAAGUUAACGUUUUAGGAACAAUUAUUCAGAAAAAAAACCCUAGAAAAGGCUCAUUCUUUCCUCCAUUCUACAAAAGAAGAUCCCUUUGCUAAACAGCUCACUUGGGGAUAUGCUUCUUGGAGUCAUUGAACAAUGAGUUUAGUGAGUUCAAGGAGUGACCUUUGAACAAACUGGAAUAUUAAUCUCUUUACAAUGUAUAUACAAUAUAAACUACCUCACUUGUCUUUCUUGGGAGAAAAAAAUAACGGACGUUAACAAUUUUUGUUACAAACUGUUCCUGAAUCUUAUUAUUUAAGUCACUUCAGUUAGCUUUCAGUGUACAUUUAAUAAUAUACAUUUAAUGAUGUAAAAUAUUGUUAGCAAAAGCUUUAAAACCAAAUAAUCUGUAACUAUGAUGUGUGGUGUAGACGCUGAGAGAAUCCGUGUCCCUUAGUCAUUGUCUUGUGUGUUUAACUGUGCUGAGUCACAGGUUUUCAAAUGUAGGAAUUCACUUCAUCUUCUUUCAUGCAUUUUCAACCGCUUUCCCCACAUUGCACUUGACUGAAAAAGUAGUGUGAGAUUAAACUUCUUUCUAUCAAGCAUAUUUCAACUGUUUUUCAUAAAUGUAUCACAUGUCUGAAAGGAAUAUAUAUUACAGGAUUGAAUAGUUUCUGUUUUCUGACAGACACUUUCAACUGGUUUUUUUUUUUCAUAAAUAUGCCACUUAAUAAAAAAUAAUAUGGCAUGGAUUAAAAUGUUUCUUUCAAACAUUUUCAACAGUUGUACACACAUACACACACACCUUAAUUUAAAAAUAACAUCUUUUCUUUCAGGCAUUUUCCAACUUUUCUAAAACUAUGUGCUUUGAUUGAAAAAUCAUACUGUCACUAGGUUGCCAAUUUUUUAUGUUGUCUCCUAUCUCAAAAGUUAAUGUUCUUUCAUCCCAUAAUUUUCAUUGUAAAGUAUAAUAUGUAUGUUGCAUUUUAUCCAUAAAAAUAAAGAGGAAAAAACUAAAAACAUUA